AUGAAGUACACCGGGCUUUUCAGCGCGGCGGCUGCUGCUUUCGCCAGCACUGCUGCUGCCAUCAGCGUCUCCGGCGCCGCCGAGGGUUUCGCUAAGGGCGUGACUGGAGGUGGAAGCGCCACUCCUGUCUACCCUAACUCGAUCGAUGAGCUGGUCUCAUACCUCGGCGACAGCUCUCCCCGUGUCGUUGUCCUGUCCAAGACUUUCGACUUCCGCGGAAGCGAGGGUACCACCACCGAGACUGGUUGCGCUCCCUGGGGUACUGGCUCCGGCUGCCAGCUGGCCAUCAACAAGGACAACUGGUGCAACAACUACCAGUCCAGCGCCCCCUCGGUCUCUGUCAGCUAUGACAACGCCGGUUCUCUCGGUAUCACCGUCGCUUCCGACAAGACCAUCAUUGGUGAGGGCAGCAAGGGUGUGAUCAUGGGUAAGGGUCUGCGCAUGGUCAGCGGUACCUCCAACGUUAUCAUCCAGAACAUCGCCGUUACCGACAUCAACCCUCAGUACGUCUGGGGUGGUGAUGCCAUCACCGUCAACGAUGCUGACAACAUCUGGAUCGACCACGUCACCACUGCCCGUAUCGGUCGCCAGCACAUCGUCCUCGGAACCCAGGCCGACAACCGUAUCACCCUCUCCAACAACUUCAUCAACGGCGAGUCCGACUGGUCCGCUACCUGCGACGGCUACCAUUACUGGGCCAUCUACCUUGACGGUUCCUCCGACAUGGUCACCAUGAAGGGCAACUACAUCUACCACACCUCCGGCCGCUCCCCCAAGGUCCAGGGCAACACCCUCCUGCACGCCGUCAACAACUACUGGCACGACAACACCGGCCAUGCCUUCGAGAUCGGCGAGGGUGGCUACGUUCUCGCCGAGGGCAACGUCUUCCAGAACAUCAACGUCGUCGCCGAGUCCCCCAUCAACGGUGCCCUGUUCACUGCCCCCGACGCCAACACCAACAAAGUCUGCUCGUCCUACCUCGGCCGCUCCUGCGAGCUCAACGGCUUCGGCAGCUCCGGCACCUUCAACCAGGCCGACGAAAGCUUCCUGGCUAACUUCAAGGGCAAGAACAUCGCUUCGGCCUCUGCCUACGGCAACGUUGCUUCUAGCGUCUCCUCCAGCGCUGGCCAGGGCCAUCUGUAA